GAUUGUAUCCUUACUCUGCAUACCUACUCUGCAUCGUUAGGUCCCGGGGGUUCGAUUCCCUCGGUGGCCAGUAUCCUUUUCUUUUCCUCUUUCUCCCCCUUUCCACCACUAUAAUUGGUUUUAUUUUUCACCUUUUUCUUACCAGCUACUGCGUUCUCAUAUAGGAGAUUGAUGGACUAUAGACGUUCUACAAUCAUUCUUGCCCGGAAUUAACACCCAUCUCACUACCUGGGCAUGUAUGCUAAACCCCGAAGAUAUAUAUACUCCACAUGAUUGUCUAUGCACCUGCCCAUUUGGCACACUCUCGAUAGGGCUGGUGGACUACGAACAAUAAUACCACAUCCCAUAAUCCUCGAAUCACCGCUGACGCCAUGUGUCGCUAUACAAAUAUCUGCCAGGGUAUCGCUGAGAAUGGUUCUCGGUCUAGAUGCACAGGGGACGUGAGAGAUAAGGACCCUUGUUUAUAUAUGCAUAUCCCCCACAUCUCCAUACCAACUGAGCACGAUCUUCUGCCAUGGGUACGGUAUACCGACUAGUAAUGGAAGAGGCAUGCAAGAUACGAUGCAUACCGUCGAAAGGAAUAGUAUAGAUCAAGCUAUGAUUGGCUUGUCGGAACGAUCUUAUCUACGAAAGUGACCUGAUGACAUAGACAUCCCAGAGUAACGGUCCUAGUGUUACUCUGGGCAUCUAUAAAGCGUACGUCCCUCCUAUCUCCCACGAUGCUGGACCUGAGCGCGGUGCCACACCCGAGAGAUCACCUGUAUCCGACGAUACAGGAGCCCGACGACGUAAAUAUGGCGAACGACUCGGAGCUCGCAUUGGGAACCUCCAAUUACGAGAAGAACGACGCUGAGAAGGCCCAGGUCGUAGAGACCAGCGAGAAAACGAGUGUUGCCGAGGGCGAUGUACAGGAUGUAGCUGUACCGGCGUAUUCAGAGGAAGAGUAUAAGAAACUCAGGCGGAAAAUCGACCGCUACUUGCUCCCGCUGAUGUGGCUCUGUUACGGCAUCCAGCAGACUGAUAAGACGUCUCUCGGGACCCAGGCCACCUUUGGUCUGAGGGAGGACACCGGGCUCGUCGGACAACAGUACCCGUGGCUGACUACCAUCUUCUACAUCACGUAUGUCCUGUUCGAGUUCCCGUCGAACUUUAUCCUCCAGCGAUACCUGAUGGGACGCACGCUGUCAUGCUAUAUGAUCCUCUGGGGCAUCAUCGUUCUCAGCAUAGGGUUUGCGCAGAACUUCACUCACCUGAUCACGUUGCGCGCGCUUCAGGGACUGUUCGAAUGUUGUAUCUCCCCGGGUUUUAUCUUAAUCAUAGGAUCUUGGUAUACCACGCGCGAGCAUGCAUCUAGAUCUCUCGUUUUCCAAAGCGCUAAUGCCGGGUUCGGCAUCAUCUCGAACUUGGUCCUGUACGGGAUCGGAUCCUCGGCGUCUCAACACGGCCCUGAGUUUCAGCCCUGGCGAUACCAGUCCUACUUCCUGGGUAGCCUGACUAUCCUCACUGGGACGACGUGUUUGUUCCUGCUUGGGACGCCCUCGGAAGUUCGGUGGCUGUCGCCCGAGGAGAAGAAGAUGGCGAAGGCCCGCAUCAUGGCGAAUAAUACUGGACACGAUCGGACUGGUAUCAAGACGUGGAAGUGGAAACAGGUUCGAGAAUGCCUUGUUGAUCCAUGUUUUUGGUUCGCUGGGAUCAACGCCUUCUUGUCAUCCGUUCCUAACGGAGGUCUGACAACUUUCAACGCCAUCUUAAAUACUGGAUUUGGUUUCACCAACCUGCAGUUCAUUCUGCUGGACAUUCCUCGAAGCUCCAUUUCCAUCGGCUAUUUCGUCAUCAUCGGCAUUGUCUGCAGCAAAUGGAAGAAUCUGCGCAUGUAUUUCAUGAUGUUUUCCGUGAUUCCGCCGUUCAUUGGCUUCAUCCUUCUUUCGCUGCUACCGAACGAACCCCAGUAUAAAUGGAUCAAAUGGGGCGGCUAUGUUAUGACAGUGACCUCGGUGAUCUCACUCUUCUUAGCGUGGACACUCAUCCCCUCUAACGUCGCGGGUCGGACGAAGCGCACGUUCACUUCGUCCUUCACAUUCGUCGGUUACUGCGUUGGGAAUAUUGUCGGAUCGCAGAUCUUCAACUACAAAGAUGCCCCUCGAUAUAUCCCGGGCACAAUAGGAUGUGCCACAGCUUUCGGUCUUGAAUUCUUGGUCAUCGCUAUGUGGCGCCUGACUCUGGUCUUGCGAAACCGUCGGCGAGAUAGGCUACUGCGUGAACAGGGCUUUACGGAAGAGGACAGGAUCGCGAAAGCUAAGUUGUUGGGCGAGCAGGAUUACACUGAUUUUGAGAACGUUUAUGUAAGUCAACUUGCUGUUUUCCCGUGUUUUGAGCCGGUUAGCCAUUUUACCUUGACAAGGGACACCUGAGCUGACUAUCUAGUUCCGAUACACGAUGUGAGAGGC